UUUCCACCAAUAAGAUCACCCAAACCAUACAAUAAGCUCUCGUCUCUCUAGCUACUAUAACAAUGGGCAUGCAAUUAUUAGCAUUUCUUCUCUUGACCUGCAUGGUGGCCACCAUGGUUCAAGGGCAAGGAACUCGAGUUGGCUUUUAUUCGAGCUCAUGUCCUCGGGUUGAAUCCAUAGUUAGGACAACAGUUGAAACCCAUUUCAGGUCUAAUCCCACAAUUGCACCUGGUUUGCUGAGGAUGCACUUCCAUGAUUGCUUCGUGCAUGGCUGUGAUGCUUCCAUUCUCAUUGACGGAGCUAACUCAGAGAAAACUGCAGGACCUAACCUUCCUCUCAGAGGAUUUGAAGUCAUUGACGACGCUAAGUCUAAACUCGAAGCUGCUUGCCCUGGAGUUGUCUCUUGUGCUGAUAUUUUAGCACUUGCCGCCCGCGACUCUGUGGUUUUGACAAGAGGACCGACUUGGCCAGUACCCACAGGACGUAGAGAUGGGAGGGUUUCUUUAGCAUCCGAUACUGCAAAUUUGCCUGGCUUCACAGACUCCAUUGAUGUUCAAAAGCAAAAGUUUGCAGCUUUGGGUCUUAACACUCAAGAUCUCGUUACCCUUGUUGGAGGACACACGAUAGGAGCCACAGCCUGCCAAUUCUUCAGAUACAGGCUGUAUAAUUUCAGUGGAAAUGGUGCAGAUCCUUCCAUCGACCCAGCAUUUGUUCCACAACUACAGGCACUUUGUCCACAAAAUGGUGACGCCUCCAAAAGAAUUGCACUUGACACUGGCAGUUCCAACACUUUCGACUCAACUUUCUUCUCCAAUUUGAGGAAUGGCAGAGGAAUUCUUGAAUCUGAUCAGAAGUUGUGGACUGAUGCCACAACCAGAACCUUCGUUCAACGUUUCUUAGGCAUCAGAGGCUUGCUUGGCUUGACCUUUAAUGUGGAGUUCGCUAGAUCCAUGGUUAAAAUGAGCAAUAUCGGUGUUAAAACUGGUUCAAAUGGCGAAAUUCGUAAAAUCUGUACUGCCAUAAAUUGAAGAAGUCAAAAGUUGAGGUUCUUCAGAAAAUAAGAGAAGUGAAUCUCACGUAAUUAUUAGUAAUGUGUAUGUGUGACGAGAAUAUAGAUAGAAAACAUAUAUCCUAUGUUAUAAUUUUUUUAUUAAUGUCAGAGCGCAAGCUGUUUUUCUUAUGAGUAA